UGCUGUCUAAGACGUCUGACGAUGUACUCAUUUAAAAAGCUUGACUUUGCCAGUGACACAAGAAUGCUGAUGGCUUCGUAAGCAUUCUCACCCUCAUAGGCCACAUGUCAAGAAUAACAAGCUAUAGACAGCCUUGAUAUUUACUGAAAUCUGAUUGGAUAGUAAAACAGAGAAGAAUCAAGAGAUAACUAGUACUUUGCACAAGGAGUAUGAAGGGGUGUUGAUUCAUAAAAUAUAGCCACACCUCAGGAUGAAUUUAGCCAUGAUUUGAAGGAGUUUUGAUUAACAUGAGGUAAAAGCGUAUUUAAAUCAAAAGGUUUAUGGUCAUGAAAAACACACACCAUUUCAGACCAAAUUGGUCAAAAUCUAUGCCCAUUUUCAAACCAAAAUUUCUGCUAAAAAAACCAUACUCUUUGGGGCUGCCCAUACCUAUUUAGCUCAUAUAAGGGAAUAUCUCCACCCCCCACCCCAGGCGCUCCAUCCUUGUGCCUGCAAUGGCCCUCGAUCAGUGCUCUUUCUUGUGCUUCAUGAUCGAAUUUCCCCUAAGCCCUGGCCCUUCUACACUUCCUCCUGCUUCGAGAGGAGACAGUUUAUGCUUCCUACAUGAAUGGGGAGUUUUAGGUCAGCGGUAGCUCUUAGAAGUGAAACGGAUGUUUAUGGUAGCCACGUCAAAAUUCUGUACAUAGCAAGCAUCCAUUUGUAUCGAAAAAAAACCUUCCUGAGAUGUAGAUCGCCAAGAUUAGUCUAGUAGAAUUGGUGCUUUGUCAAAACCUUGCCAAAUGGUGCGAAAAUAUGCCGAAGACACACGACGUUCGCAUUACGACACUCGAUGCGGAGUUGGAGUUCUCAGUGGAGAAGAGCUGCACGGGAAAAGAUCUUUUUGAUCUUGUUGUGCGAACCUUGGGCGUCCGGGAAACGUGGUAUUUUGGCUUGCAGUUUGUAGACAAGAAAGGUGUCUUCACAUGGCUAAAAUUCAACAAGAAGGUUUUAGGUCAAGAUCUUCCAAUUCCAAAGGAUGAGCCAGUCAGCCUUAAUUUCCGCAUCAAGUUUUUCCCAGAGGAUGUAGCAGAGGAACUGAUGCAAGAAAUAACACAACACUUAUUUUUCUUGCAAGUUAAGGAGGCUAUUCUGAGCAUGGACAUCUUCUGUCCACCAGAGGCUUCUGUUCUUUUGGCUUCAUACGCAGUGCAAGCUAAGUAUGGAGACUAUGACCAAGAGUUCCACACUCCAGGGUUCCUUGCAAAAGAUUUGCUGCUACCUCAGAGGGUUAUUGACCAGUAUCAGAUGACUUCAGAUAUGUGGGAAGAGAGGAUCACCUCUUGGUAUGCUGAACACAAAGGAAUGAGAAGAGAUGAAGCAGAGAUGGAAUACUUAAAAAUAGCACAAGAUCUGGAGAUGUAUGGCGUGAGCUACUUUGCAAUCAAGAACAGAAGGGGAACUGAGUUAUGGCUUGGCAUUGAUGCUCAUGGCCUUAACAUUUAUGAGAAAGACAACAAACUGAAUCCAAAAAUCUCUUUUCCUUGGAAUGAGACAAAGAAUAUUUCUUUUCAUGACAAAAGGUUUCAGAUCAAGCCAGCGGUCAAGUCAUCUCCAGAUUUUAUAUUCCAUGCAGCGAAACUGCGAGUCAACAAAGUGAUUCUUGAUUUGUGUGUUGGCAACCAUGAACUUUUCACGCGAAGGAGAAAACCAGACACAAUGGAAAUACAACAGAUGCGUUCACUGGCUCGAGAGGAGAAGAUGAGAAGACAGAUAGAGAGAGACAAGCUUUUGAAAGAACAGCAAGCACGAGAGGAAAUGGCUCAACAAAAGGAGGAAUUAGAGAGAAGAAUGGCAGAAUAUCAAGAAGAAGCCAACAGAACUAAAGACGCAUUGAUAAAAUCAGAAGAAAUGGGAGAAUUAUUAGCGGAAAAAGCUCGAGUGGCGGAAGAAGAGGCAGCAUUACUUGGAAAAAAAGCUUCUGAUGCUGAAGAAGAAAUAAAGCGACUUCGAUUGUGCGUCAGUACGUCAGGUGAUGAGCGAAUUGCCAUUGAGAGGAAAGCACGAGAAGUAGCAGAGGAAAGGUUAAGGAGAGUCAUGCAAGAGGCUGAAACCAGAGCGAGAGAAGCUUUGAUGCUCAGAGAGGAUCUGAUGAAGUCACGACAGGCUGAACGGUUGGCCAAACAAAAGCUGGUAGAAGUGACAACGUCACCAGAUGUAUUUUCUGUAAGUACAGUGCUGCUAGGCACGCAACGUGUGCGAAACGCGUGAUGCGUGAACUGGGCUGCCGUUGUCAACUGCAGGCAUUUUUGUAG